AUGUCUAAAUUAGUGAAUUUCUCCGUAUUCUUUGCUUGUUUUGUUGUUUAUGUUUCUUCACAGCCGCUUCAAUAUUAUUUUUCAAAUGAUGUUGAAAUUCAACAUGUUUCAGAGGAUGAUGGACAAGAAGUAGAAGAACAUGUUUCCAAUGAAGGUGAAUUAAAUGAGUAUGGAAAUGGAUGGAAUACUUUAAAUUGGGGUGGAAAAGAAAGUGAGGUAUUCGGUGGAAAUAUUAACAACAGUUACCCAUACCGAUAUGAAGACCAGGCUGUUGAAAACUAUGAAAAAAGCUUUGAGCUAGAAAUGCGUAAGCAAGUGAAAAUUCAUAAUGAAAACAAAUUGAAAGAAAUUGCCGAAGAGAAAGUACAGGAAGAAGAGGAAGAUUGCAAUUGCUGUUGCACAAUGAUGUGAAGUAUCGUUUUGACGGAGUGUACAUAUUGAGUUUUGUAGAUAUUUUUAAAGUAUAUUUUAAUUGACUUGAAAUGAGAUAUUGUUGA